AUGGGCAACCCAGAAGUGGAGAGAACAACCACAGGAUGGGCUGCAAGAGACGCAUCUGGCAUUCUCUCACCCUAUACCUACACUAUUAGAAACACAGGCCCAGAAGAUGUUUACAUCAAAGUCCUAUUCUGUGGAGUUUGCCACACUGAUACGCACCAGGCAAAAAAUCAACUUGGCAUGUCACACUAUCCCCUGGUUCCUGGGCAUGAAGUGGUUGGUAAGGUGGUGGAGGCUGGAUCGGAUGUGACCAAGUUCAGAGUAGGAGAUGUGGUAGGAGUUGGCCUCGUUGUUGGUUGCUGCAGAAACUGCAACCCUUGCAACACAGACAAUGAGCAAUACUGCAACAAGAAAAUCUGGACAUACGCUGACGUUUACACCGAUGGCAAACCCACCCAAGGCGGCUUUUCCGGUGCCAUGGUGGUUGACCAAAAGUUUGUCGUCAAGGUACCGGAGGGCAUGGUGCCAGAACAGGCGGCACCGCUGCUUUGCGCGGGGGUGACGGUGUACAGCCCGCUGAGGCACUUUGGCCUGAAUGUGGGUGGGUUAAAAGGAGGAAUACUUGGACUUGGAGGUGUAGGACACAUGGGAGUGAAGAUAGCCAAAGCCAUGGGGCACCAUGUGACUGUGAUAAGCUCUUCAGAAAGGAAGAGAGAGGAGGCUUUGGAGCAUAUUGGGGCCGACGAGUACUUGAUCAGCUCAGAUGCCACAAAAAUGCAGGAGGCUGCUGACUCCUUGGAUUACAUCAUUGACACAGUGCCCGUCGGCCACCCACUCGAGCCGUACCUCUCUUUGUUGAAGCUUGAUGGCAAAUUGAUCUUGAUGGGUGCUAUUAACACCCCAUUAGAAUUUCUUUCCCCAAUGGUCAUGCUUGGGAGGAAGACGAUCACAGGGAGCUUUGUUGGGAGCAUGAAGGAAACAGAGGAGGUGCUUCAGUUCUGCAAAGAGAGAGGAUUGACAACCAUGAUCGAAGUGGUUAAGAUGGACUACAUAAACACAGCUUUCGAGAGGUUGGAGAAAAACGACGUUAGGUACAGGUUCGUCGUCGAUGUGGCCGGUAGCAAUCUUUGA